AUGUCAGCAACUUCAACUGCUGGCAUCGUAGCCGAGAGAUGCAUGGACUAUGACGACGUCGCAUGGGCCCGAUGUGAUGAAAUAUUCGAACCUUGGAGAGAUAAAAUAUUCGAAACGGACGUUCUUCGUGAGAUAGGACGAUUCAUCGACAAGCAUAGAGGAGGGGUCCCCGAGGAGCUUUUUGCACCCCAACGAGGAUCAUUCAAUGCUUGGCUACGGAUGUUGUUCAAAGAUGGAGGCUCUGCCAUCAUUCGAUUUCCAUGUCCGGGUGCUACUAUGUUCCCAGAAGAGAAAGUCCAGCGCGAAGUGGCAGUGAUGCAGUUUCUGGAGUAUUUUACAAAUCUACGCAUACCUCACAUCCUUCACCAUGGAAUAACAGAGGAGAGUCCAAAAGAACUUGGACCCUUCAUCAUCAUGAAGCACAUAAGCAACGAAGGCGACUUCAUCGAUGCCCUCAAUAUACCGGGCCGGUCACGCGACGACAGACCGAUCUUAGACCCAAACGUCUCACAAGAGCGACUUGAAUGGAUCUAUGGUCAGAUGGCAGAUAUCGUGCUCCAGGUAUCGAGGCAUUCGUUUGCGGAGAUUGGCUGCAUCGGAAAAGCCAAAGAAAAUGACGAAUUCGAUGAUACGUGGAUUGUUAAGCAUCGUCCCCUCACUUUCAACAUGAAUGAGCUCGUCCAACUAGGCGGGGUUUCGCCUGACCUUCUUCCUCAGGGCACGUUCAAAACAGCGUCAUCUUAUUACCGAGCACUGGCUGAGAUGCACAUGAUCCAUCUGUCUUCCCAACGAAACGAUGCUAUCGACUCUGCGGAAGACUGCCGAAACAAGUACAUCGCAAGAUGUCUAUUCCGCAAGAUCACUCGCGAACAUCAGCUUUUCCAGGACGACUCUGGCCCGUUCAGAUUGUUCUGUGAUGACCUUAGACCCGGCAACGUCCUUGCGAACGACCAUCACCAGAUGACUGGCGUGGUGGACUGGGAAUUUACCUACGCGGCGCCUACUGGAUUCGCCCACAGUCCACCCUUUUGGUUGCUACUCGAGCGUCCAGAACUCUGGAAACCGGGUUUGGAUGAUUGGACGGCAAGAUAUGAGAAGGUGUUGCCGAUGUUCCUGAAAGUGCUUAAGAAUAAGGAGCAAGCAGCCAUUGACCGAGGGACUCUAGAAGAGGCCGAUCGGCUUUCGGAGCACAUGUGGAGACGCUGGCAAAGUGGCGAUUUCUGGCUCAACUAUGCCGCGAGAAAGAGCUGGGCAUUCGGCAUGAUAUACUGGGCUAAGAUUGAUCGGAGGUUCUUUGGUGGUGGUGAUCUGAACGAUCGGAUCAAGCUUCUGACACCUGAAGAAAGAGAAGAGAUGGAUAAGUUCGUUCAGAUAAAAUUGAAGGCUAAGGAGGAAGGCGGGCUGUCUAAUUAG